AUGUGGCUGGAGCAGUUGGAUGCUAUCCCUGCUCUCUCAGGGGAAACCAUUACCAUUCCCUGUCAUAUUAAUUACCCAUCUGAGAAAAGAAAUAGUUUAUCACAAGUUACCUGGAAAAUGGGAUCAAGUGAUCUGUGCAGUGAGAAUGAUGGGUUAUUUACAUGGAGAUCAUGGAAUGAACAUGACCAGCCUGAAAGGUUCUCAUUGGUUAAUUUCCCUGAUGACGUCUCAUUAAUAAUAAAAGAUGUGAGAUCUACAGACCAGGGUCAGUACUGCUGUGAAGUAUCUGCAAGAUCGACUAUCCUUAGAAGCACCCAUGGCACAGAGCUGGCAGUUGGAGGUAAUGACAGACAUGAUUUUCUGGUGGUACUUCAGUGCACCCAAACAGUAACAAGUACGGAGCUUUCCAAAAACCCCAAAAAUGUAUUUUUGCCAUUAGCAUACGUCACCAUAUUUUCCCAGACAACUAUAAUCAUUACAUGCUAUUGGGAGACACAUUAAUAGGGCUAAUUUUGAAUUAUACGGUGUUACAUAUCAGGUCAUGGCGAUCAGUUGUUCCUUAGCAGGUCUGAAAAUGUGAUAAAUACAACAAUAGAUGAACAACACAUGGCAUAACACCAUGUCAUGAGUUUUUGAUCAAAAAUUAAGCCAGAAUGGAGAAUCCAUAUGUGAAAAACUAGUACACCUUUUGAAUAGCUUUUCAAUAGCUUGUAGAAGCAUCUUUAGCAGAGAUAACUUGAGUAAUCAUUUUCCUUAUGACUCUCCAGUCUCUCACAAAUUACCGUCCCAUUAGUCUAACUGGUAAACUUUAUUUUAAACCCCAUACUGCACAAUGGGGGACAUAAUUAAUGCAGUGCAGUGUCCUGGGUAUAUAUGUCCCCCAUGUCUGUCAUAGAUUAGUGGGAAUUACACUAUAAAACCUGUUCUUGAACUUAUAGUGUUAAAACCACCACUAAGUUGGCUUGCCCGCCCCCCUUAUCCCCCUUAGAAAAGGUUAAACCUCACCAUAAAUUCAGUGUCUUAAUGGAGAGCAUGGAGGCGCUGAACUCCAGGACUGUCUACUGUGCAGCACUGCCCCAGGAAGCACCUCCAGUGGCCAUCUGAGUAGUGGCCACUGGAGGUGUCCCUAGGGGACAAUGUAAAUACUUUGCAUGAAAAUGGCUGAAGGGAAAGAUUAAACUAACCAGAACAACUAAAUUAAGUUGUAGUUGUUCUGGUGACUAUAGUGUCCCUUUAAAGUACUCUAAUGUUAAAUGAACCCCAUCACUAAACCUGAAAAAUUAACUCUAACUAAAAGUUGUAAGAUACAUAAUGACAGUGUGUGUACUGGGGAAAUCAAUGUCCUUUUGGGAUUCUGGGGACAAUUAUAAGGCACUCUACCAUCAACUGGGUUAGUUAUCUAUCUCUCUCUCUCUGUCUUGCCAAGCAGCUCCCAGCUACAACUGUACCAGGCAUGGUUGAAGAUAGAGAAAGAUAGAAUGGUCUUGAAACUUUUAAAUUAGGUUAUUUUCAAAAUGCUCCCCACUUUCUUAAGCCUCUGUGGAGGAUGAAGGAAUCAUAUAGGGUGAGGGUUUAAACCAAGCUUCCCCAAACUCCGGCCCUCCAGAUGUUGCUGAACUACAACUCCCAUGAUUCUCAGCCAAUCAUGGGAGUUGUAGUUCAGCAACAUCUGAAGGGCCGGAGUUUGUGGAAGCCUGGUUUAAACUAUCACUCUAAUUGGAUUUAUUUAUUGCAGCACUGUUGAUGAAGCAGUUAACACUGCUCUCUGCAGCAGUGAUAAGGUUAACCAGGUAAGCAGGUUAGCUGUUGCAGGUCUUGGAAGGACCAAUGAGACCGUUAACUAGUUCAUUUUUUUCUAUCUAUUUAUGUCCCUUACUUAGCUUCACACAUGUUAUUGCAGGCAUUAACUAGUAGCUAGUUAUGUAUGUAUUCGAUUAACUCACAAGCAAUAAAGUCACUUUGUAUGUAACAGUUUCCAUAUGUUACAAAGGAGAUUUUUGUGCUUUCAUUAAUGCAGCUUAUUCUAGCAAAGUAGGAAUGUCAGCAGGGCCGGCCUUAGGCAAUUAGGCGCCCUGUGCAAAAAGUCUUCACGGCGCCCCCCCCACCUCCCACCAAGUUGCCUGAAUACAGUAACACACACAGGCACCGGGGACGUGUGUAUCACGAGGCAAACAAGGCAUCUGCCUUGGGCGCCACUUUGCAGGGGGCGGCAAAAAAAAGCAUCCCUCCAAACCCCCAGGCAGAUCCCUUGCUUGCCUCGCAUCCUGGGGGGCUCAAGAGCUGACCGGCUGGCCACUUUUGAGCCCCCCCAAGGCUGGCAGCGGGCAGCGAAGGAGCAUACUCACCUGAGCUCUUCCUGCUCGGCUUCCUCUGCGCCGCUUAAUGAAGCCGGGAGCCAGAAUAUGACGUCAGUCCGGCUCCCGGCAUCACUAAGCGCUGCUUACUCAGCCUGUGCGCCCCCUGCCUGCCUGCCCAGCAGCCACACUGGACUGCUGUUAAGAAAUCCACUCCAGCUUUCCCAGGGAGGCUGGGUGGAUUUAAAAUAAAUGUAAAAAAUAUUAGUUUGUGAGUGUUAGUGGAAAUGUCUGUGUGUGUGUCUGUGAGUGUUUAUUUGGAAGUGAAUGUGUGUGUGUGUGUGUGUGUGUGUGUCUGUAAGUGUGUAAUUGUGUGUGUCUGUAAGUGAAUGUGUGUGUGUCUGUGAGUGAAUGUGUGUGUGUGUUGGUCAGUGAGUGUAUAUGUGUCAGUCAGUGAGUGUGUAUGUGUCAGUCAGUGAGUGUGUAUGUGUCGUCAGUGGGUGUGUAUGUGUCGCUCAGUGAGUGUGUAGGUCAGUGAGUGUGUAUGUGUCGGUCAGUGAGUGUGUGUCGGUCAGUGAGUGUGUGUCAGUCAGUGUGUAUGUGUCGGUCAGUGGAGUCGUGCAUCUUUCAGUGAGUGCUUGCGUCUGUCAGUGAGAGUGUGCAUCUGUCAGUGUGUGUCCAAGUAAUAGUGUAUGUGUGUAUGUCAUUGUUUGUCAGUGUAUAUGAGAGUGUGUGUCUGUCAGUGAGUGUGCGUCUGUCAGUGAGUGAGCGUCUGUCAGUCAAAGUGCGGCCUUGACAGGAAGGGGUGGGGGAAAUUUAAACUCGGUUACAGGCAUGUACACACACACUCAGUUAAAGGCAGUCACACAUACAGGCACAGGCACAAACAAUGGCACAGCGACACACACAGACAGACAGUCACAUAGGCAGUCACACAGACAGACACACAGUAACACACACAUAGACAGUUAUACACACACAGGCAGGCAGUCACACAGAUAGAAAGUCACACACACAGGCAGGCAGUCACACACAGACAGUUACAGACAGACACACACAGGCAGGCAGGCAGUCACAUACAGGCAGUCACACACACAGGACAGUCACACACACAGACAGUCACACAGACAGACAGUCUCACACACACAGGCAGUCACACACACAGGCAGUCACACACACGGGCAGUCACACAGACAGACAGUCACACAGACAGACAGUCACACACACAGGCAGUCACAUACAUGGGCAGUCACACAGACAGACAGUCACACAGACAGACAGUCACACACAGGCAGACAGUCACACACACGAGUCACACAGUCACACAGACAGACAGUCACACACACAGUCAGAGACAGUCACACAGACAGACAGUCACACACACAGGCAGUCACAUACACAACACACACGGGCAGUCACACAGACAGACAGUCACACAGACAGACAGUCACACACACAGACAGAGUCACACAGACAGACAGUCACACACACAGACAGUCACACACAGGCAGGCAGUCACACACAGAGACAGUCACACACACACACAGAGACAGACAGUCACACACACACACACACACACAGGACAGGCAGUCACACAGACAGUCACACACACACACACACACACACACACAGACAGACAGUCACACAACACAGGCAAACAGUCACACACACACACUUACCUCUUUCCAGUGGAUGCAGUUGGCUGAUGGGGAAGCAUCUUUCCCUCUUCCUGUACAGCAGGGGCUUCGGGAGGUAUUAGCCCGUCUCCGCCUCUCGAUAAGCCCCGCCUCCGCCGCUCGGUAAACCCCGCCCCCUCUGCCGCGAUUUUUUUUUUUUUUUUUUAAAUAGACCCGGGUGGAGAACAAUUAAUCCUCCAGCCAGGUACCUCUUUUAGCUCCCCUGCACUCCGGCCAUGAGUGAGCUGUGUCGGCCAUAGGGCGCCCCCUGUUCCAUGGCGCCCUGUGCGGUCGCACAGCUCGCACACCCCUAAGGCCGGCCCUGAAUGUCAGUGAUCAUAUCUGCUGUUUGUUCUCCAAUCCUCUCCAAUAACAUAUAACUCUAUUAACUGUAUUGUGUUCUGAAAUCUUCCUUUUCCAGACUUCAACCCUCAUCAAUUAUAUAAAGUUCUACAACCUCAGGAAUCCUUUGUUAAGUUGGGAGACUCGGGCAUUAUAAAUUGUUCAUUUAGUUCAUCUGUAGAGAGACUCUCGAGGACCGGAAUCUACUGGACAGUUGGCAGCCCAGCAGGAAAGUAUUCCUAUCACCCUUCCCAGAGGAUGAUCCAUUCCAGAUACAGGGACAGGACCAGCCUGAUAGGCCAGGCAGAUCUUCAUAUAAAGGACAUACAAAGCACAGACAGUGGAACUUAUUACUGCAUUGUGAUUCUACGAUUCUGUACUGGAACCAACAAAGUCAAAUCAAUUGUUAUCUAUGGAGCGGGAACCAGACUGAAUGUAACAGGUAAGGUGAGAAAGUGACACAGCCAUUUAGCUCUGACUACGAGAUGUAGAGCCUUGUACUGUCCAGAGCAUAUUUGCCUUAUGACAAUGUAGUGAUUCCUUGUGAGCUAUUCGGAAGUGACACCAUUACAGAUGGGCCUCAUGGAUAAAUGGUUAUAUGUUUAACAUGUACAUAUGCCACACCUUUGUUCUGCCCAGAAGGUCUUCAAUACAUGUAUGUCUAUUAAUGAGAAAGUGGUUGGAACAUUCUAAGAUUACAUAGAUAUUGGCAGCUGGGAUAUUUAGUUUCCUUCUCUGUCUUUCAUAGCACUGUAAAAGAGUCUUCUUAAUUAGUCGAGAAGUUGUAUUUUAUGAUCACCAGGUGAUUGCCAGCCCCUAUUUAGAUAUCAUUCUAAGUAUCCCAUAUUGUUUGCCCAUGCAUAUGACUUUCCUGUGUUCCUACAUUGAUGGCCAAGUUAUGAUUUACAAUUUUCUUGGUGAGCAUUGGACAGGCUUAAUUUGCAGUAUUGUAGAGUCUUCCUCAUGACAUUACACUGUGGCAGUAGUUCCUGACUUGCAUUGUUGAGUUUAUUGACAAGUUUCUUCUUGAAAGUGUUAAUACCGUCAGUCUUACAGACCUACAGCUGUAUAUUGAGAUUUAAGACUGAGAAGCCCCCCUCCUGCUUGUUAUAUCUGUUGCUUCGUAUCAGGUGCCUGUUUUAAUGAUUAGUGCUUUAACUCAUUCCUUGUUGAAUGGGAUAAUUUUAAGUAGAAUAAAGUAUUUGCUCUGGUGCUUUGUGGUAUAAUGCAAUAAAAUGACAUACUUUGGGGGUGGAGGGCCUGACAGCCAACCGAGCAGGACACACAUGGCUGGAGCUCCUCAGCCAAAGUUUGAAAAAGCAUUGAUUAACCUGCUAAAUUACUACAAACCUGGUGAAACGAACCAUUAUAUUCCUGCAGAACACUAAGCUGAAGUGCUGGUUUGAGCUUUCUUGGUCCAGGCUGCCGUGGACUGCACCAGACUGUCUUGGGGCCUACGCGAGAUUGUCAGGCAGAGGAGGUGGCCGCUCCUCUGUCGGAACUUGUCUUGGGUCUCAUCUGGGCCUCCUGCCCCCUCUGAACUGGUGGGGGUUGUCCUGGUCCCCACUGCCGUGCUUAUUGGACUGAUUGCCCGGUCCAUCCCUACUCAGCACAUGCCUGAAGCUAAAGGCCUACUCACCAAGAUGGCCGCCAACACACUCAAUGCCUUGACGCCUGCACACCCGCAACUGACAAACCGAGUGGAUGUGUUCCUACAUAGGUUCAACAGCAUAUGUGCCCAAUUCUGGGAGAAACUCUACACCCAUACAGCAACUACCUUGCCUGUAGGUCUGAACACCCAAAACCAGGCUGCAUCUCCAUGGCCUACCCUGAGGGCAACUCCAGCAGUGAGGUGGAAGAACCGGAGACCGAAGCUGACAGCGCCCCAUGAAAAUAUUACAUCCCAGCCCUGUCGACAUGCUUCUGCACGGCAAUUUUACGAGCGACAAUUCGUCUGGGAGUGCAGCCCGAUACCGGAGAGUGUCAGCCCAGAGCAACUUGCAGCGAGAUGCAAGAAGAAAUGGAGUCUCCGUGACUGA